AUGUAAAAAUAAACAUAACAUAACCUUACUUGUCAAUACCUGUUAUGAGUAAAUCAGAAACAUCGUUUUUGAUAGUAAUUUCAUAGUAAAUAUAUUUAUAUUUCCCAACUACAAAUUUGUAAAUAAUGACGUAAAAUGGACGACCAUUCGAAAACAAUUAUCCACAUAGACGUAGACUGCUUUUACGCGCAAGUUGAGAUGAAUAAAAAUCCGGAACUGAAAACCAAACCGCUAGGAAUUCAACAGAAGAACAUUGUUGUCACCAGUAACUAUGUCGCGAGAGAAUACGGUAUCACAAAAUGUAUGUUGAUACCAGAAGCCAAGAAAAAAUGUCCUCAUUUAGAGUUGGUCAAUGGUGAAGACUUACACGACUACCGAGAAACCUCCUACAAUAUCACAUCUAUCUUACAAAAAUACUCUAAUUUGGUCGAAAGGUUGGGUUUGGAUGAAAAUUUCGUCGACGUCAGCCGUCUGGUCGACGAAAAAAUCAAAUUAUCCAACAAUAUCACACCGGUAGGUCAUGUUUUCGGAAACACUGAAGUGCUAUGUGAUUGUGGCUGUACCGAACGGUUAAUGGUCGGGUCCAAAAUCGCACAGGAUAUCAGAGACCAAAUAUACAAAGACCUAAAUCUUACAACGUGUGCGGGAAUAGCUCAUAACAAAAUAUUAGCGAAGAUUGUGUGCAGUAAAAACAAACCAAACAACCAAACUACAGUUUUUCCAAACAGCGCAAGCGAACUAAUGUUAAGUUUAAGCCUAGUAAAAAACAUUCCUUCGAUAGGUCAAGUAACAGCAGAUCAAUUAUCGAGACUAAACAUAAAUACAGUGAAAGAAUUGCAGGAGGCUAGCGUAAACGACCUAGAAAAAAUGUUUGGUUAUGAAAAAUCAAAAAAUAUGAUCGAAAUCAGUUACGGUCGAGACGUUUCUGCUGUUAAAAAGAGCGGGAAGCCUCAAAGUAUCGGGCUAGAAGACAGUUGUAAGGCUAUAACGGUUGAGAACGAAAUAGAAGUGAAAUUGUUGCAUUUACUGACACGAUUGAUGGUUCUGGUUAAGGAGGAUGGUAGAGUACCCAAAACGGUUAAACUAAUUGUAAGGAAAUUUAACAGGAAUCACCCUCAAAGUGGUACGAGGGAAACCAGACAGUGUAACGUUAACACCUCCCUUUUUAAAGACCUAGAGCUCAGCGAAAAUAACCAGAAAAAAGUUAUGAAAAUUAUCAUGACCCUGUUCAGGAAAAUAGUCGAUACGAAGAAAAGCUUUCAUAUCACCUUGCUAGGAUUAUCUUUCACGAAAUUCAUGGAGAAACCCACCUUGAAAAACACCCUAAACAACUUUUUAUCCAGGGACAUUGAAGUGCAGUCGGUCAUAGAUAUAGAGAACCAAAGUUCCAACUCCCCUAUUCACGAACCGUGUGCCUCGACGUCGCAGUUAGCAGACGUGGAUUCUCCAGAGCAUUUAUCGAAACGAGCCAGGUUUAUUCUUCCGGAAAUAUCGAAAGAUUGCGGCGAUUCCCGUAUUAAGCUCGGUGUAGCAACUUUGAGGUUAAACUCGACCGAAUCUUUGCCCGAGGUAGUGGAUGAAAUGGUUCCGUGCCCCCCAAAUGCUAACGAGGAGGUGUUUAGGGCUUUGCCCAGCGAUCUUCAGAGUGAACUGUGGGAGGAGUACAGGGUAAACAGGAAUAGGGACGUACUCCAGUCUGAAAGACCGCUAAAAAAAUCAAAGAACAACAGUAUAUUGAACUAUAUAGUUCGGGAAAAAAAGGAUUAAAAUGAGUGAGGUGUAUUUUUAGAUAUUUUUUUAUUUUUUAAAUAAAGUGUAUUUUAUGUAAGA